GCGCGGGGAGCGAGUCGAGCCCGGCCGGCGGGCGGAGGCGGCGGCGGCGCAGGCGGAGCGGCGGCCGCAGCCCGAGCCCGAGCGCCGAGCGCCCACCAUGGCCGCCCAGGGCGACCCCGGCUGCCUGGCGGCCCAGUCGGACCCGGGCUCCAACAGCGAGCGCAGCACCGACUCGCCCGUGCCCGGCUCCGAGGACGACGUGGCGGCCGGCGCAGCCCUGCGCAGCCCCGCGUGGAGCGAGGAGCGCUUCCGCGUGGACAGGAAGAAGCUCGAGGCCAUGCUGCAAGCUGCUGCUGAAGGAAAAGGAAAAAGUGGGGAAGACUUUUUUCAAAAGAUCAUGGAGGAAACAAAUACACAGAUUGCUUGGCCAUCGAAGCUGAAGAUUGGAGCCAAGUCUAAGAAAGAUCCCCAUAUCAAGGUUUCUGGAAAAAAAGAAGAUGUUAAGGAAGCCAAGGAAAUGAUCAUGUCUGUCCUAGACACAAAGAGCAACCGAGUAACACUGAAGAUGGAUGUUUCACAUACUGAACAUUCUCAUGUGAUUGGCAAAGGUGGCAACAAUAUCAAAAAAGUAAUGGAAGAAACGGGAUGCCACAUUCAUUUUCCGGAUUCCAACAGAAAUAACCAAGCUGAAAAAAGUAACCAGGUAUCUAUAGCAGGACAACCCGCAGGAGUUGAAUCUGCCCGAGUUAGAAUUAGGGAGCUGCUUCCUUUGGUGCUGAUGUUUGAGCUUCCAAUUGCUGGAAUUCUGCAACCAGUUCCUGAUCCUAAUUCUCCGUCUAUUCAGCACAUAUCACAAACGUACAACAUUUCAGUGUCAUUUAAACAGCGUUCCCGAAUGUAUGGUGCUACUGUCAUAGUGCGAGGGUCCCAAAAUAAUACUAGUGCUGUGAAGGAAGGAACUGCUAUGCUGUUGGAACAUCUUGCCGGGAGCUUGGCAUCAGCUAUUCCUGUGAGCACACAACUAGAUAUUGCAGCUCAACAUCAUCUCUUUAUGAUGGGUAGAAAUGGAAGCAACAUCAAACAUAUCAUGCAGAGAACAGGUGCUCAGAUCCACUUUCCUGAUCCCAGCAAUCCACAAAAGAAAUCUACUGUCUACCUCCAGGGCACCAUUGAGUCUGUCUGUCUUGCACGGCAAUAUCUCAUGGGUUGUCUGCCUCUUGUGCUGAUGUUUGACAUGAAGGAAGAAAUUGAGGUCGAUCCACAAUUCAUUGCUCAGUUGAUGGAGCAACUCGAUGUCUUCAUCAGUAUUAAACCAAAGCCAAAACAGCCAAGCAAGUCUGUGAUUGUGAAAAGUGUUGAGCGAAAUGCCUUAAAUAUGUAUGAAGCAAGGAAAUGUCUCCUCGGACUUGAAAGCAGUGGGGUUACCAUAGCAACCAGUCCUUCCCCAGCAUCAUGCCCUGCCGGUCUGUCAUGUCCCAGUUUGGAUAUCUUAGCCUCUGCAGGCCUCGGACUCACUGGACUAGGUCUUUUGGGGCCUACCACCCUAUCGCUAAACACUUCACCAACUCCAAACUCACUCUUGAAUGCUCUUAAUAGCUCCGUCAGUCCUUUGCAAAGUCCAAGUUCUGGCACCCCCAGCCCCACAUUAUGGGCACCUCCACUUGCUAAUACUUCAAGUGCCACAGGUUUUUCUGCCAUACCCCACCUGAUGAUUCCAUCUACAGCCCAAGCCACACUAACGAAUAUAUUGUUGUCUGGAGUACCCACAUAUGGGCACACAGCUCCAUCUCCCCCUCCUGGCUUGACUCCUAUUGAUGUCCAUAUCAGCAGCAUGCAGGCAGAAGGCAAAAAAAUAUCUCCUUCUUUAAAUGGCCAUGCACAGCCUCCAAACAUAAAAUAUGGUGCAAUAUCCACUUCUUCACUUGGAGAAAAAGUGCUGAGUGCAAACCAUGGUGAUCCAUCCAGACAAACGACUGGGCCUGAUCAGGCCUCUUCCAAAUCCAGCCCUGCAGAAGGAUGUAAUGAUGCUUUUGUUGAAGUAGGCAUGCCCCGAAGUCCUUCCCAUUCCGGAAAUGCUGGUGAUUUAAAACAGAUGAUGGGACAUUCCAAAGUUUCCUGUGCCAAGAGACAGACAGUAGAACUAUUGCACGGCACGAAAAAUUCACAUUUACACAGCACUGACAGGUUGCUCUCAGACCCUGAACUGAGUGCUGCAGAAAGCCCUUUGGCCGACAAGAAAGCUCCUGGGAGUGAGCGCGCUGCUGAGAGGGCCGCAGCUGCCCAGCAAAACUCGGAAAGGGCGCGUCUUGCCCCUCGGCCCUCUUACAUCAACAUGCAGGCCUUUGACUAUGAACAAAAGAAGCUAUUAGCAACCAAAGCUAUGUUAAAGAAACCAGUGGUGACAGAGGUCCGAACACCCACAAAUACCUGGAGUGGCCUGGGGUUUUCUAAGUCCAUGCCGGCUGAGACUAUCAAGGAACUGAGAAGAGCUAACCAUGUAUCGUAUAAACCCACAAUGACAACUACUUUUGAGGGCUCAUCUAUGUCCCUAUCAAGAUCCAACAGUCGUGAGCACUUGGGAAGUGGAAGUGAAUCUGAUAACUGGCGAGAUCGAAAUGGAAUAGGACCCGCAAGUCACAGUGAAUUUGCAGGUUCUCUUGGGAGUCCCAAACGUAAACAAAACAAAUCAACGGAACACUAUCUCAGCAGUAGCAAUUACAUGGACUGCAUUUCUUCGCUGACAGGGAGCAAUGGCUGUAACCUGAACAGCUCUUUCAAAGGCUCUGACCUCCCUGAGCUCUUCAGUAAGCUGGGCCUGGGUAAAUACACAGACGUCUUCCAGCAGCAAGAGAUUGAUCUUCAGACAUUCCUCACUCUCACAGAUCAGGAUUUGAAAGAACUGGGAAUCACAACUUUUGGUGCCAGAAGGAAAAUGCUACUUGCAAUCUCAGAACUUAAUAAGAACCGAAGAAAGCUUUUUGAACCACCAAAUGCACGUACCUCUUUCCUGGAAGGUGGAGCGAGUGGCAGGCUGCCACGUCAGUAUCACUCAGACAUUGCUAGUGUCAGUGGCCGUUGGUAGCAGGACCCUCCCGGGCACACGGAUGCCAACUUGGAGCUCUGAACAGCCUUCACUGUGCUCAGCACGCUGGGUGAAUGGACCAAAGCAUCGUACUCGCACCUGAACUUUGUGCCAAAAAGGAAGAAAAGAAGGAAAAAAAUUCUUAUGUCCUGGAGAAUACCACAUGUGGAUUGCUUUUUUUUUUUUUUAAUGGCAGUUGAACAGAAUUUGCAAUAUGAGAAUAGGGCUUUAUUUCAUGUUUUUAUUUACCUAUAUAACAUAUGCACUGAUUUUUUUUUACUUAAAAUGAAGGAUGAAUUGACAUCUGGGAUGCCAGAAAACAAAAGUUUGUUUUGUUUUUAUUUUUUGCUUGUUUGGGGGAUUAAAAAAUAAUCAAGGUGGAUUUUUCUGGUACUGCUUUAAAAUAAUUAUUGAGGUCUUUCAGCACUUUACACUUUCUAAUUUCUUGUCCUGUGGAAAUUAUCUUUCAUGUCACCUAAUAUAUGGGUACAAAUCAGAUUUGCUCAUUUUUUUAUGGUGUUUGUUUGAAAUGGUACUGGAUUACUACUUUUUGUGCAGAGUAUUCAUUCUGUGAUUGAAUGGUAUAAGUGACUCCACUUGGUUUUGGACCAGUUCUGUUCAUUUAUGUCAGCAUUCUAGAAAUACUUAGCAAUCAACCUAGUUCACUGUAACAGUUGCAAAGAAAGACCUAAUGAACUUUGCAAUAUUAACCCUUUGCAGUCAUCGUAUUUAGCUGCUGCCUGUAUUGCUAAAAUGAUUGUAAUGGUUAUAUGAAGGCAAAGGACUAUUUUUAGUAUGCUGCCACUAAAGGACACUUAUUUAAUUUAUAUCAAACUUAUUUUAGCUAUUAUAAGCAUACAAUACAUAACUGAUUAAAUUGUUAUCUACUAGAAUUUUAUGUGGUAGAGAACGAACAGCAUUCAAUAACUGGAGCCCUAGAUUGUCACUUUAUUGAAAGAAGACAAUCAUCUGACAAGACAGCUCUGUUGCCAUUAGAAGGAGAAAUAGAUAAUUGUCUUUAUCUUGUUCACAGUAGCCAUGAAAGUCUGGGACUUUCCCAAAACCAUAUAUUAUGUCUGUUUAAAGUAGACAUAUUUGUUGAAAAUGGAAAGGCUUAUUUAAGUCUUCAAGGUGACAAAUAUGUGUAAGACAGCUGAAGAAAAGGAAAAAAUACAAAACCACUUUCUAAGUGGCUAAUGACUCAUCAUUACAAUCUUAUACUGUGAAAGUCCAGGAAACCAGGCAACAUUUUCAGACACCAUCUUGUGGAUUUUUGAAGAGUUUUUAAUCCACAAAGCCAAUCACUUAAGUGCCUCUUCAAAGCAAUAUUAUUUCCAAGUGUAUUGAUUUGUUGAAAAAGUUUCCCAUAGGAAAUGUUGUGAAUUACCUGUACUGUAAUAUUUAUGUUCAGUAUUCAUGACUUUCCAUAGACAUAGACCACUGUCAUAUGCUUUUAGGAGAUUAUGGAACAAUUGGUAAUUUUUAUACAAAUGUGAGAAACAUUUGAUUGACAUUUUCCCAGGGCAAGUUGCCAUCAUGCCAUCAAAGUAAGAGCUAGAUUUGAAGAGAAAUUUUGCACACAGGAUAAUUUUUACUUAAAUAGCAUUGGUUACCUGGAAAGCAUAGACUGUAAUAAAAUUAUACUAUCAGUUAAGGAGGAAUACCUAUUCAAAAGUAAGCCAUAUCUACUUAAAGAUGCAAAGGGAGUGAUUUACUUCUGUAAGUCAAAUGAAAUUGUUUCCUGUUCAUAAUUCGUCACACUACAUUUUUAGUCAGGGUAAGAAUUCCAGAUUUGUUUCCUGUGCUAACAGCUCAGUGUUUUAAACUUUAUAAUUUCUUUAGUUUAAAGAAUUUCCCCAGUAAAGAAAAUAAUUUGGAGUUUUUUGCACAGCUCUGUAUGUAUCAUGCAGUUGCAAUAGGAAAAUUAAAGGGAGGUAUAGUAUUAAAUUGAUAGAGGUUUUAUGAACAGUGCUGAUUUUAUGCCAAAGUGAAAACUGUCCCAAUUAAAUAGGGUGGCUAAAAAUAAAGACACUGGAAAUUACUUUUCUCACUUUUUGAGGCAAUGAAGGGAAUAUGACACUACAGUGUAUGGUAAUGUCAGUGUUAUAUGAUGCACAAAAUAUUGGGAUUAUUUGAAUGAAUAAAUGUUAGUUUUUAAUCAAUCUGUGCCUAAUAGUGAUUGGUUAUCUGUAAAUAUAGAACAGAUACAGAUUGUAUUUUUUGGGGGGGGUUUGUCCUUUUAGUGAUUUUUUUAAAAAUGAGAGAUGGAAUUAAACAUUGAAAAUGGGAACUUUUUCUAAACUAAUCAAUUGUUAUAUGGAAAAUAAAUUUAUAUAAUCUUUGUAUUGCAUUGCCAGAUAAAAUGUCUGAAUUUUUUAAGUGUUAUAUAAAUUUUAUGCCUUUCUUUGAUUUCUAAGAAGUCCUGCUUUUGUUUUUGCAUUGUCUGUGCCUUUGUUUACAAUCAGAAGCUAAGACAUGUUAUUACAUCUAGCAAUUCUAGAACCAGUAAUCAAUCAUUGUUCCUGUUGCCACUCAUAAGUACAUAUAAAAAAGUCAUCUUAUAAAAUAUAUAUCUUAUUCUUGUAAGAUUCAAUUAUAUGGCAGCUUUAUCCAUCAUCAGAGGGACUUCGUGACCCAGAUUCAGUUCCUGGAACCAUAUGGUCCUACCAAGUAUGGGCCCUCCAAAAAAAAAAAGUUUCAAGUUAAGAGUUCUUAAGAGACUAAUAUUAAAUUGUUAACUCAUAACAUAUACUUACUGAGUGCUUGAUAAGUAGCAGGCACUCUAGGUAAGGCACUGAGUAAAAUCCUUUAUUCUCAGAUACUGCGUAGAUAUCUAAUUUAUAACAAAUUGUUGGAAACAAUCCAUCUGUGGGAUAAAGCCUGUCCUUUAAAUUGCAAGUAAAACCAGGAGGAAUUGCUGGUAUUUAGGUCAACCAGGAUAUCCACCCCCCAAAAAAUCCCUGAAUUUAAAUUAUACUAUAAAUUUACAGCCAUAAAAAGUGUAGCAUUAAGACACACAGAUCAAUGAAAAAUAAACAAAAGGCCAGAUAUUAAAUCCUCAUGUAUAUGGACAGUUAAUUUAUUACAAG